GCCCUUAUCUUCAAAUGAAACUUCACUAUAAAUAUUGAUCAUUUGCUUUAUAUUAUUUCACACAUCAAAAUUAAUUGGCUAUAUAUAGCUAGGCCAUUUUCUUUUGAGUGUGGCAGAGAAAAAUGGAAGUUAUGAAUGGAAAUCAAUGGAAUAAUAAUGAAGCUGAUGAAAAUGGAGUUGAAGAAAUGAGCUUGCAACGAAAACGUCAUGUCCAACAUAGUAGCAGCAGCAGUGCCAGCAGUUCAGAUAUAGAAGCAAAAGGUGGAGGCCUAGACUUCAUUGAAUCUGAGACAAAACCAAAAUUUGAAAUAGUGAUAGCAGAAAGAAAUGCUGAAAUGAUCAUCCCACAAGAAAAUAUUGAUGAGAAAGACACAAUUUUACCUGCUUCUGAUCCUCCUCUUCAAGAGGAUUCUACCACUUCUUUGAUCAAUGUGACAAAUCAAAGUGAGACAGUUAUCAUAGUAAAAGAAAAUGGUCAAGAAAGACAAGAAUUUUAUUUGGACAAUGUGUUUGAGAAACCACCAACACAUGGAUUCUAUUGUCCUAAUUGUAAUGUUUGUAUCCAAAAGGUUUACAUUCAAAAGAUCUACAUUCAACAAAAACCUGAUACAAUAAGAUGCACAUCAUGCUUCAGUUUCCUCAUUCCAAUAGGAAGUUGGUUAUUCCCUGGAUUGGUAUCUAAUGAUGAUGGAGAAUUAAAUGAUCAAGGUUCAUUAAAUAUUCAAAGAAAGACUGAAGUCACUGAACAAACAUUCAAAGUUGGAUCACAACAUGAAACUUCAGAACUUAUUCAAACUGAGGAAGUGAAUAGAGGUCCCUUAAAAUCAGUCACUAAAAUUGAAAAUGUGGUCAUUGUUGAAAGUCAAAAAGGUCAAGUUGUAACAAAAAAGAAGCAUUUUUGGGGUGAUUGGGGUGUUAUAGGUGGUGCUUCUUCUGAAGCCUCUAAAACCAACAAAUCUGAAACUGAUUCUACUGAUUGGAAAGUUAUUGGUCAUGCUUCUCAGACCACUUUGUCCAAAAAACCUGAAAUUGACUUUGAAGACAACAAAAAGAAAGAUUUUGUGGAAGUUAAAGUUGUUGGAGAAUCCACAGGAUCUGAUGAUGAAGUGGUUCCAUCUGUGACUGAAAGAACACAACUCAUUACUCAUAGAGAGCCAAUUGUGGAAACAAGUAACAAGUCAUUGGAGAUUCUGAAAAGUAUUGUGUAUGGUGGUUUGACUGAAUCAUUAGCAAGUCUUAGUGUUGUUACAUCUGCAGCAAGUGCAGAUGCUGCCACAUUGAACAUUGUUGCAUUGGCUAUUGCAAACCUGAUUGGUGGACUUUUUGCCCUUGGUCAUAAUCUCAAGGAACUAAAAGCUGAACAACCAAAAAGAUCCAACACAGAAACAAUAGUGGAUCAAUACAAAGAAGUCCUAGGAGAGAGGAAAAAUUUCAUUCUUCAUGCAUUUAUUGCAAUCUUAUCAUUCAUUGUUUUUGGACUAAUACCACCAAUAGUAUAUGGUUUCACAUUUCGUGAGAAUGAUGAAAAAGAUUUCAAGCUAGCAGCAGUUGCAGGAGCUUCACUUUUAUGCAUCACAUUGCUUUCUAUUGCUAAAGCUUAUAUCAAGAGACCAAACAGUUACAUAACAUAUUUUCAAACAGUGUUUUACUAUGUUAGUACUGGUGCUGUUGCCACAGUGGUUUGUUACUUAGCCGGCGACAUGGUGAAGAAACUUAUUGAAAGGCUUGGAUUGUUUGAACCGGAAACAAAUUUUGCUUUUUCCUCGCAGCAUCAAUCUGGAUUCGGAUCGUAUUAACACUAAGAAAAUCAGAUGUUUCUUACGAUUAUUUUCGAGGAAACUAGGUUUCUUACAAACUUUAUAAGUUACCGCGGAAAUAUUCCUAGGAAAACGUGGGAGAGAAAAGUCAUGUGCUUACUGUGGAAGUUGAUUAAGGAUUGUUGAAUUUGUUUGAGAGAUUGAUUAAGUGUUUUUAAUUUCUUGUUCAUGUUUUAUUUUAUGUUUUGGAUUUCAUUUUUGGUUAAUUAGGGAAAUUGUUGCCUCUGCUUUAACAUUUUGAGACUACAAAUUUGAGUUGUUUUACUUGGAUGACUUUUUAGUCAUGUUUAUGGUAUAUUAA